AUGGCUUCAUCAAACGGCGCAGAGAGGACUGCCCAGACCCUUGAGCAUGCGGAAGACAUUCACGACCAAACGCCUCAAGACGGCAGCUCCGACGGUGAGGGCGGGGAACGAACAGCGAGAGAAAAAUUGAAGAAAACAUCCAUCGCCGGACUCUCACAAUCCUUCAGAGGCAAGGCUGGUGAGAGCGGUCCGGCUGGUGACCAUCCUCUAAGAGAAUCAGUCAACGCAGAGUCUGUUCCAGAACCCCAUGUCGAGGAUGGAUCCCGCGGGCGGCCCUCGAAAAAGCGAUCCUUUGAAGAUCUGCAGACCGAAGAUUCUGGUGCUGGCGUGGAAAAUGGGGGUCCUCCGUUGCCAAAGAAGGGCCAACACAAGAGAAUGAGGUCAAGAGAGGUCUCCGGAGAUGACCCUUUGCAAGGACUCGAGAAACUGGAAGAGAUUGCGAGCCCGGUUCAGGAAGAGAGUGACGCAGAGGCACAACAAUCUCCUGGUGGACCGGGGGUCUUGGUCGCGGCUCGUCAAAAGGAAGAAGAGAGCGGCGGGUCUACUACCACAGACACCAAAGAUCCAACAGCCAAACCCGACGCUGAAGAUGUUGCUGGCGCUACAGAUGCGAAAGCUAAUAUUUCCAAUGCUACGAAAAUGUCAGAGGAACAGCAGCCAAAUUUACAACUCCCACCAUCAUCCGGCUUUGCUAACGCUUCAACUGCGUCCCCAUUCAGCAGUUUCAAGUCUCCCAAGUCGCCAUCCAAGGAGACAGAAACCAUAUCGUCGCCCGGAAACCCCACAUCCAACUCGGCUUUCGCUUCAUCUGGCCUGUCAGCUUUCGCAUCGUCGGAGAAGUCGCCAUUCGGAUUGGUCGGUUCCAGCGCCAAACCCUCUGGAGGUUUCGGCGGUGUCGGCGGACAAAGUGGCUUCGGAUCAUCCUCCACUGGCCUCGGUGGCCCUUCACCCUUUGCAACUAAACCUGUUUCUGGGUUUGGCUCAGCCGGAGGGUUUGGUUCUGUCAGCGGGUUUGGUGGAGCCGCGAGCGGCUUCGGAACCCCCAAACCAUUCAGUAGCGGAUUGUCGACCUUUGCAGGUCCAGCAGGAGCAGCCAGCUCGUUUGGGAAACCCAAGCCAUUCGGAUCCUCCACCCAAGAUGACGAAGACGGGAGUGAGGACGGCGGGGAGGAUGAAGAGAGAGAAAAGACCGAGGAAGAUGGGCAACAAGAUCCCCGGUUCAAGCAGCAAGAGCUGGAAACGGGCGAAGAAGGAGAGGAGACCAUCUUCCAGUGCCGAGCGAAGCUGUACCACUUUGAUAAGGAGUGGAAGGAACGUGGCGUCGGAGUGUUGAAGGUCAACAUUCGUUACGAAAGCAAAUCAAUUGACGGAGAGGCCGAGGCCGAGGCCGAAAACGACGACAGUGAGACCGGGAGCAAUCCCAAGGAGAGCGAAGAAGAGGACGUCGAAUCGGGUGGCCAGGCGGCUUUUUCCACGGUUGAGCGCAGAGCUCGUCUGAUCAUGCGAACGGAUGGAGUGCAUCGGGUUGUUCUGAACACGCCUGUGUUCAAAGACAUGACCGUGGGCACACACGAUGGACAGGAACCCAGUGGAAAGACGAUGCAUCUGACCGGGCUAGAGGAGGGAAAACCCACGUUUUUCCAGAUCAAGGUCGGAAAAGAAGAUGCUUUGAAAGAGAUCUACUACAAGAUCCGAGAACUGCAGGAAGAGCUGUAG